GCUAGCAUCCAUGCCAAUCUUCCUCUGUUUUUUAUGUGGGUUGCCACCACAGCAGGGCCAUUGGUGAGCAGUGUAGGUGUGCAUCCCAGAACCAAAUGAUGGCAGCUGAGGCGGAGCACAACAAACGUAACCAGUAGGCUAUGGGCCAUUUCACCCUGACAUUUUUUCAACUGAAAUAAUUACAUUUUCAAUUACAUCAUUCCCCAAAUUAGUUUCCAUGUAUUAUAGAAGUAGUUAAUGAAAUUACUGAAUAAUUGACUAAUUUUAUUUCAACUACUUUUCUCCAGUUUCCUUUUUAUACAAUCUUAGUGAAUGUUCUUUUUACAUUUACUGCAUUUCAUUUCAGGGGCCAUCUAGUAACAAUAUGGAUACUAAAAAUGCAACAUUGCUGACAGAGUUUGUUCUCACAGGACUUGCAUAUCAACUGGAGUGGCAAAUCCCCCUGUUUCUGGUGUUCUUGGUGAUAUAUCUCAUCACCAUUGUGGGAAACCUUGGACUAAUUGCACUCAUCUGCAAUGACCCUCACCUUCACAUCCCCAUGUACUUACUCCUUGGGAGUUUAGCCUUCACGGAUGCUUGGAUAUCAUCCACAGUGACCCCCAAGAUGCUGGUCAGCUUCUUUGUCAAGGGUAAGAUAUCUCUCUCUGAAUGCAUGAUACAAUUUUUUUCCUUUGCAUUCAGUGCAACCACAGAAUGUUUUCUUUUGGCAGCAAUGGCGUAUGAUCGCUAUGUGGCCAUAUGCAAUCCAUUACUUUAUCCAGUGAUUAUGACUAAUACACUAUGCAUCCGACUGUUAGUCACAUUAUUUGUGUGUGGCCUUAUUUAUUCCGCAUUUCAUGUAUUUUUUUUACUCAGAUUAACUUUCUGUAGUUCUAACAUAAUACAUCACUUUUACUGUGAUAUCAUGCCAUUGUUUAAAAUUUCCUGUACUGACCCUUCAAUUAAUGUUCUGAUCAUUUUUAUUUUCUCUGGGUUAAUACAGGUGUUCACCAGUCUGACAGUUCUUGUCUCUUAUAUGCUUUUUCUCUUUACAAUCUUGAAAAGAAAGUCUGUACGAGGCUUCAAGAAAGCCUUCUCCACCUGUGGAGCCCAUCUCUUAUCUGUCUCUUUAUAUUAUGGUCCUCUUUUCUUCAUGUAUGUGCGCCCUGGAUCUGCACAAGCAGAUGACCAAGAUAUGAUGGACUCUCUAUUUUAUACUGUCAUCAUUCCUUUGUUAAAUCCAAUUAUCUACAGCCUAAGAAAUGAGAAAGUCACAGACUCACUUGAAAAAAUGUUAAAGAGAAAUGUUUAG